AUGUCUGCAUUCGGAGAGCUAGGCCCACGGAGCGCCUCGGACGCAACGCGCUUCACCUCGACCACCCCGCACGCCGCCUCCAAGAGUUCUCCCACAUUGACGACGACGACGAUGACGACGGGUGCGACGGGGACAGCUGCCGCCGCGGCCGCCCCGACCUCGUCACCACACCCUCCUCCCCGGGUCCCCGGCCGGCCGCCGGGUGAGUCCCCCGAGGAGCGCGUCCGCCGUCUCCGUGCCGCCCACGAGGCCGCGCGCGCCGCGCAGAAGUCGAGCGUCGACCGCGUCAUCGGCGGCAGCCGUCGCUUCUUCGACUUUGCGCACAAGUUCACCGUCCUCGGCCUGGUCGGCUUCACGGCCAUCGCCGGCCUCAUCUCCGUCUAUUCCGUCUACGACAUGGUGACGUACAAUAAGCAGCGCCGCGCCGACUUCAUCGAGGCCCAACGUCGCAUGGAGGAGGACUCGCUCGCCGCCGCCCGCCUCGCCUUCAUCAACGGCACCGCCACCGACGCCCAGGUCACCCUCGUCGAGGAGGCCAACGCCCGCGCCCGCGAGACCGGCGUCCGCCUCCCGCCCCUGCUGUCCGCGCCCACCGUCACCACCCAGGCCGAGAAGAUCUUUGGCAAGGGCGGGCACCAGCAGCAGCAGCCGUUAACACCAGACUCGUCGUUCGCCGCCGCCCCUGAAGCCGAAUCGUCCGCGCCCGCCGCGCAGAAGAGCAGCAGCUGGUGGCCCUUUGGGUCAUCCUCGGCCAAGCCCGACCAGGCCAGGGGUACCAUCCAAGAGAGCAAGGAGCUCCUCCAGGACAAGGCCAAGGCGGCCUUUGAGCGUGAGCGGGAGAACCAGAGGCGGGGCGGCGCGCUGGACCAGCUCGGCCUGCCGCAGGAGGAGAAGAAGGUUGAGAAGAAUGGUUGGUGGUAG